GACGUAAUGCGGAAGUUUUUGUUCAGAAUGAAACAUGGCUGCUGCUGCUGCUGCUCUGAGGUCCGGUGUGAAUUCUAAGUUAUGUCUGUUUGCGCAUUUAGUGAUUUUUGCCUGGUAUGUGUUCACUCUGAAUGUUAACUGCUCCAUAACGAGUUCAGGGCAACAUCCGGGCGUGCGGACUUACGGAGGCCGGUGGAAAUAUUUAACCUUCAUCAACCUGGUGAUGCAGACGGUGUUUUUCGGACUCUGUGUUGUAACCGAUCUCGUCCACACGGCGCUGCCGAGGAAAAGCAGCAACCCGUCGCUCCUGGUCACGCUGCAGGAUUUCUUCUUCACCGUUCUUGCGUUUCCGGUCGGAACCUUUGUCUUCACUUCAUUCUGGUCCAUCUACUCCUACGACCGAGAGCUGGUCUUCCCCAAGGUUUUAGAUGACAUCAUUCCUACGUGGCUUAAUCACGCUAUGCACACUGUCAUCCUGCCGCUGCUCCUGGUGCAGAUGUGCCUUCAGCAUCACAAACACCCGAGUCGUUCCAGAGGAAUCCUGGCCCUGGCGCUCUUCGCUUCCCUCUACCUGGCGUGGGUGUUGUGGGUGCGUCAUGCGUCGGGGAUCUGGGUUUACCCCAUCAUGGCUCACCUCAGUCCUGCAGGCCUCGUCGUGUUCCUCAGCGUGGCGUCUCUCAGCAUGGCUCCUCUCUACCUGCUGGGAGAGAAACUCAACCGUAUGAUUUGGGGUUCUACAGGAAAUCAGAAAAAGAAGAAGAAAUGAAGAACUGCAGAAAUGUGAAUCGACCAUCGACAGACCACAGAGACCCGGACCAGAUCCUUCACCAGCACUGAGAACAUUCUGCCAUAGCACUGAGAAAGCUUCACCAUUUACAGGAAGGGAUUUACAUUAAAUAUUACAACCACAAAGCUAACUGUUCACGCAGAUGAUUCACUAACUGUUCACGCAAAUGAUUCACUAACUGUUCACACAGAUGAUUCAAUGUGUUCACGCAGAUGAAUCACUAAGUGUUCACGCAAAUGAUUCCAUAACUGUUCACACAGAUGAAUCACUAACUGUUCACUCAGAUGAUUCACUGAGUGUUCACACAGAUGAAUCACUGAGUGUUCAUGCAGAUGAUUCACUAACUAUUCACUCAGAUGAUUCACUAACUGUUCACGUAGAUUCAAUAAAUGUUCACUCAGAUGAUUCACUAACUGUUCACUUAGAUGAUUCACUAAGUAUUCAAACAGAUGAUUCCAUAAGUGUUCACUCUGAUGAUUCACUAACUGUUCACUCAGAUGAUUCACUAACUGUUCACACAGAUGAAUCACUGAGUGUUCAAGCAGAUGAUUCACUAAGUGUUCACACAGAUGAUUCAAUAACUGUUCAUGCAUAUGAUUCAAUAACUGUUCAUGCACAUUUAUAUAAUUUUAAAAGCUGCUUUAACAAGAGGUUUUAUAAAUAAAAAUCACUGGUUAUACUGCACAUAUGAAAAAAAAAAAACAUUUCAUGUGAAGUGUGUGCUGAAGAUAAAGGGAAGAAACACACCUAGUGUAAAAGAAGCCUAAUACGCUACUGUUUAAUGUUUUCAUGCCUGUUUUGUUUUUUUUUAAUCCUUGAAAUUCUGUAUGCUGUAUUCUCUGAAAUGCCGGGUAUCAGGGCCAGUCGUUUUUCAUGUACAGCAUUUUUAACACAAAUGAAUAACCACAUGAUGAUUUUUAAGAUUAUCUUUGCUGGAUUAUUAUAUGACCUAAUGAAGUCUGAUUUUAAUAAAAUAUAUAUAUAUUAUA